AUGCGCCGCGCCAGCCGAGACUACACCAAGUACCUGCGCGGCUCCGAGGAGAUGGGCAGCGGCGGCGCCGGCGCCCCGCACGAGGGCCCCCUGCACGCCCCGCCGCCGCCCGCGCCGCAUCAGUCUGCCGCCGCCUCUCGCUCCACGUUCGUGGCCCUCCUGGGGCUGGGGCUGGGCCAGGUCGUGUGCAGCGUCGCCCUGUUCCUCUACUUCCGAGCGCAGAUGGAUCCUAAUAGAAUAUCAGAGGAUGAUACUCACUGCAUUAAUAGAAUUUUCAAACUCCAUGAAAACACGGAUUUGCAAGACACAACUCUGGAGAGUCAAGACUCAAAAUUAAUACCUGAUUCGUGUAAGAGAAUUAAACAGGCCUUUCAAGCAGCUGUGCAAAAGGAAAUGCAACAUAUCGUUAAAUCACAACACAUCAGAGCAGAAAAAGCCAUGGUGGAAGGUUCAUGGUUAGAUCUGGCCAGAAGGAACAAGCCUGAGACUCAGCCCUUUGCCCAUCUCACGAUUAAUGCCACUGACAUCCCGUCAGGUUCCCAUAAAGUGAGUCUGUCCUGCUGGUACCAUGACCGAGGUUGGGCCAAGAUCUCCAACAUGACUUUCAGGAAUGGAAAACUAGUGGUUAACCAAGAUGGCUUUUAUUACCUGUAUGCCAACAUUUGCUUUCGACAUCAUGAAACUUCGGGAAACCUCAGUGCAAAUUAUCUUCAGCUGAUGGUGUAUGUCACCAAAACCAGCAUCAAAAUCCCAAGUUCUCAUACCCUGAUGAAAGGAGGAAGCACCAAAUACUGGUCGGGGAAUUCUGAAUUCCAUUUUUACUCCAUAAAUGUUGGAGGAUUUUUUAAGCUCCGGUCUGGUGAGGAAAUAAGCAUUGAGGUCUCCAACCCUUCACUCCUGGAUCCAGACCAAGACGCAACGUACUUUGGGGCUUUUAAAGUUCGAGAUAUAGAUUGA